UUCAGUAAUCCACUUGCUUUCAGAUGUCUGGCAGGCAUGACUAUGGAGACGAGGAUGAGCGAUCUGAAGACGAGGUACAUGGUGACGGAGAAGCGGGGAAUAAGAGCGGGGGCGCAGGUGGUAGUACCAGUACUGCGAAGCGGACGCCGCGAGCCUGCGACAGGUGUCGGAAAUCCAAGAGCAAAUGUGAGCCUGCAGCAGGCGGGGGAGACCGCUGCAAGGGAUGCGUGGCGGCGGGCGCAGGUCCCCUCCUUCCGCGAGGCCCGCCAAAGGGCUACAUCAAAGCGCUCGAGCGGCGGCUUCACCAGAUGGAGAGUGUGCUCGCCGCCAUCAUGUCCUCCAAGGACCCGCGCACGACCGGGCUCCAUUCCUCGAAGGGAGUUGACGCUGGUCCAUUCGUGCGGACCGAGCGGGCGAAAGCACGGUCCGUCGACCCUACGGAGGACAACUUCUUCGCGUCGAUCGUGAGCCCGACUUUGCGGCAGCAGAGCGAGCGCUCGCGCAGACAGUCGCGCUCCACGCGCGAAAGCGUCAUACAGGCGAGGGAAGAUCCUGUUGCGACUGAGCGACCGACGCUCGAAUGGCAGGACCGUCUGUCGGAGUCGCUCGUGCGGUGGGCUCAGUCACGACAGGCUGCAGACCCGGUACCCAGUGGAUCCUCGCGCGUUCUUCCCGUUCGCCAUGUUGCUCGUGCCCGGGACGAUGGCGCGGAGCCCGCACGGCAGAGACGAAGAACGGUGGCCUCAGCGCCAGGGCACGACCUGUCUUGGGACGAUGUACAUGGCACUGCAGGUGAGGGAUGCACUGUUUUACACCGAUUUAGACGAGCUGGACGACACUGCGGACGCCUUCGGCCAUCUCACCAGCGUGAAGAUAAGCGCAACUUCGGCGCUCUGGCCCCAGCACCGUCCGGCGAGACGGAAUUCAGCAUGCGCGAGAAAGCGAGGCUGAGGGUGGAAGAGAGCAUCCCCGUGCCACCGGUGGAUGUGCAGCUGCACCUCAUACGAUUGUUCUUCACUUAUGUGAACACGUCAUUGCCUGUGUUGGACGAGGAAACAUUCAUGGAGCAAUACAAUGCAGAUAUUAGCUUGUCGGAGAGCGCUAUUCCCCGCCCCAGUGGCACUGAUCCAGGGCCCGCCGUGGAGCCAGAGCGAAUGCAGAAGAUGUCGAAGUUAUUGUUAUUUUCCGUGUUUGCGUUUGCGGCACAGUACUGGGACACUAUCCAAGCGGAACAGUAUGCGGCGAGUGCCAGGAGAUUGCUCGACAUCGCCUUUGAUCUGGGCCUGAAUCGUGAUUCUGAGAAGUGGCUCAACCACGGGCACGCAAUGUUCUCUCGCACGGAGCAAAACAUCCGGAAGAAGAUUUGGUGGGCAUGUUGCUUCGCAGACAAAUAUGCAUCACAUUUUCUAGGGAGACCGGUGAUUGUGCACGAGGCCGAUUUCUCAACUAUGCUUCCUCAGGUUACAGAAGUGGAAGACGAAGUCGCAUGGGCACCGAUGCACGCGGGUUCGCAAGGCCAGCGCAUCACAGCUACCCCUGGGUUCGGCAAAGCUACCAUCGGCAGCGCAGCAUUGACUCUCAUGGAACGGAUACAUUCGCGGCUGCUCCAGUGGUCUAUCGAUUUACCAGAGGUCUUGCGUUAUUCGUCACAGAGCAGACAACCAUGUCCUCCGCCGCAUGUCCUGGUCCUCCACAUUCAACCAUUCAUCCCGAAGGGCAUGCUGCCCUGGAAGUCCUACGAUUUCUGUCAGGGCGCUGCUUCCCACAUCAGCGCCUUCGUACAGAACUACAAUGAUUGUGGCGAGCAUGAUAUGAAAAUUAUGCUACCCAUCAUGCAUGUCGUUGCACUGAGUUCAGUCCUUGGUACCUUUCUUCAGCUUUUCCCUAGACUUGUUGAUGUAUGGCCUACUGCCGCUCGGGUGGCGGAUCUCCUCCGAGGCGCCGGAGUGCAGAUAGCAGUGGCAUUGACCGAACCCGCCGGUCCAUCGCGGAAACGACCUGUUGAGAUUGUACUCGAGGAGUACACUGAUGAAGCUGCAGACGCCGCUGAAGCGUCGCAGAUGGUCGCCUCCGAUGUGCCCUCCGAUAGGUAUGCCGAGGGUUCUCACUUACGUCCUAUGCCAGCUGCUGUGCCGCUCCCUCAGCCGCAGCCGCAUCAAGACCCUCAGUACGGCCCCAACUUCAUGGCGGCCCUUCUCGGUCCGGACUACACUCCGGCAGCGUCUGUCGCUCCCGGAUACGACUGGUGGCCACUGGUCUCUACAGCCGAAUCCGCACCUAUGACCCAACCGCAACAACAUUUCGCUCCUACCACUGAGCCGCUCAUGAUGCCGUCACAAUCGUUCACUUUUACUCAGGAGCAGUUCUCGCAAGACUUCUUACAAGGAAUCCGCGAUCCCGUCUUGCACUUCCCUGGCCCUCCAACAUAUCCCCUCCGUUGAUUCUUAUCAGUUUUCGGUAUUGACUCCUUACACUGCUGUUACAGGUUCAAGCACACCCAUGUGGAUCAGGAUUUAAUGUAGCUAUAGUUUUCAGGUCGUUGCGCUGUCGAGAUAGAACGCCAAUCUCUGUCCGGUGACGUUCAAGCGAUCUGAUCGUCUGCUUUACAUGGACGUUUAUGCCCAACUAAAGGAG